CAUCUCGAAAGUGGGCUAAAAUUCAGGAUGCUUGGAAUGGAGUUAGCCGGAAGGACGAAGUACGAUCCUAGCGGACAAUGCUGGUACGGUGAACGACUUCCACCGGUGUUGAACCCGGCUGCUGGUUUGGGUAGGAUUAUUCUGGAUGCGUUGGCUCGUUCCCCCGACAAGGUCAUACAGAUCAAUGCGGACACCGGUCGGAGGACAACCUGUGCCGAGAUGCGACUUCGCAUAAUACGCGUAGCGCUUCACUUGCGUCGGCUUGGCUUCCGGAAGGGGGAGUUUGUGAGUUUGGCCUGCGCCAACGGGGAGCAGGUGGUACCGGUGUUCAUCGGUUGCUUGGUGCUGGGAUUAGCAGUGAACCCGUUGGCACCGGUUUUCAACCGGGAAGACUUUGCGCACAUGAUGAGGCAAACGCAAUCGAGGCUAGUGUUUUGUGACGAAGCGAACCGUGCGGUGGUGGAGCAAGCGGUGAAGGAUGCCAUAACGGCCAAGGAUGUGCGGUUGUUCGAUACGGGCACAGGAGUGACAUCGGUGGAGAAGCUACUGCAACCGAUCGAGGGAGAGAAAGACUUCCGGGCGGAAUAUUUAGGUGACGCUACGAAGCUUCUUGCGCUGGUUCUCUGUUCCUCAGGGACGACUGGCCUUCCUAAGGGUGUCUGUUUGUCGCAAGCACAUUUUGUCGACGAGAUGGUUUUCUCCACGGAUGUUUCCGAUGGACCGAUUUUCAGCUUCAGUUCCCUUUUCUGGGCGACCGGACUGUUCGGAGUGACAACAUCUCUACUGCACAGUCGACCCCGUGUGUUCACGAGCAACCCCUUUACCCCGGAACUGCUGCUGCAAGUGAUCGAAAAGUAUCGCGUCGAGACCGUUUUCACACCGCCAUCGUACGUGUCGAUACUGCUGGCACAUCCUCGAUUGGCCAAGGCGGAUUUGAGCAGCGUACGAUCGUGGCAGCUCGGUGGAUCGAUGGUUGCAGAAGAGUUGCUGCUGCAGAUGCAACCCCAUCUUCCAAAUGCGCAUAUGCGCUCCAUCUAUGGCAGCUCAGAGAUUGGUUUUAUCACACGCUGCAUGAUACCCGUAAGCGUCCCGACUUCUGUUGGUUCCUUGGGAGUGAACGUAGAGUGCCGAUUGGUGGACGAAUCAGGAAAGAUUGUUGGUCCGGGUGUUCACGGGGAGAUACUGGUGCGCCAUCGGUUUAUGUUUUUGGGAUAUUUGAACAACCCGGAGGCGACUAAGAAUGCCCUUACUGAGGAUGGCUUUUUCCGCACGGGCGACAUCGGGUACAUGGACGCCGAGGGUAACUUGUUCGUGAUCGAUCGCAUCAAGGAUAUCAUCAAGUACACCAACUACCAAAUUUCGCCGUCUGAUUUGGAAGGAAUAAUUCAGAAAAUCGAUGGUGUGAAGCAAGUUUGCGUGAUCGGCGUUCCUUUGCCGGAUCGUUCUUCAGAUUUAGCAACGGCUGUUGUCGAACGAGUACCAGGCUCCAGUAUCCGUGAGGAGGACAUUGUACGGAUCGUCGAUGGACAGGUCGCCGACUUUAAACGGCUACGAGGCGGUGUACGAUUCGUCGACAGCUUCCCAAUGACUCCUUCGGGGAAGAUUCUACGACGUGCCGUUAAGCAGAUGUUCAAUGAAACGACAUAAACCUGGUUUUUGAUCAGCUAUACUUUAAUUGAAUUAAAUUUACCAUAACUUGUAUGAUACCUUCAGUUUAGUUCGGGAAAUUGUUA